CCUUUCUCUUGUCUUACACUCAAGUACCGGGUAUACUUUAUAUUUAGGUGCAAUCCCCUUUAUCUGCUCGGUUACAGUGUCUAAGUAUAAGACUUGUAACUCGUGCCAGCGAGUCCUACGACUCUUGUGUUCUCCACAGUCAAUAUAAACUCUGGGUAUAAGUUGUUUAUAUAAUUUUAUCGAACGGAGUCUCACACCGUGCCACUGAUCACCUGGGUGACCGACCCACUCUCAAACAGUCAUACUACCAGCCCGCAUACCAUGAGCAGUAGCGACGGAAUAGACGCGUCUAGAUCGUUUCACGCCUCAGUUGACACAGAGGACAACAUACGACAGAUAACCGGAGAGGACAACGAUAAUCCUUCACCCUUCGAACCUGGAAGCGGGCAUCCCGUUACUUCACUUUCCCCUUUUCUGCCAGCAGAAAUCCUAGCCCUAAUUUUACAACCAAGAUGGAAGCGGUACGAGGAUAGAGAAACCUGGAAAGAGAUAGUGAAUGUCCUGCUCAGCUGCACUCUAGUAUCAAGAGCCUGGUACGAGGCUGCAAGAGUAGUCCUGUACCAGGAUAUCCGACUUUGUCAAGUCAACUCCCUUCGCCUACUUCUUUGCACCGUGCGCGAGAGGUUCGGCGGUCAUUGCCCUGCUCGCAGCCUGCAAUUCAUGUAUUGUUCGCCGCAUCGGCGUAACAAAAAGCAGCCAGAGGAGUAUGCGACACUCGCUGGAGAGAUUGUUGCGUGCUGCCCGGAACUCAGGUACCUUGCAGGAGAGUGUGGCUCCUUGUGCUUUACCAGCAACAUGUCCCUCCCCGAUUACCCAUAUUUGAGGGAGCUCAAAGUAUCUGGGCAGAACCUCCGCCUCCUUGCCCCUCUUCUAUCGCGUUUAUGCAAUCUCAAGUCCUUUGAGAUGCUUCAGAGUCACAAUGGUGACGACCUCCUGGAACACUUUUCGCCGCCUCGUUUCAAGCUUUCGACCUUAUCGAUAUCUCAAACAGAGUUGUCUCCUGGCUUGUGUAAAUGGCUUGAGUCCAGUUCACAGAGCAUAGAGUGCUUGGAGGUGCAGGAAAUAGGCAUGAGCCUGGGUCACUUGGCCAAGGUCAUUGGAGGUUUUGUGAAGAAAGUUCACGUCAAAAUCGUGGUUGAUUCCAUAGCGGACAGCGACUCGGAGACUAUCUCAGCCCUAUUUGGGUUCGCGGGCUUGCGAGGACUUCGCGUCGACGGGUUGAAAAUGGACAAAGAACGUUUGCUUGAUCUACGAUUAUCAUUGGAGACAUUCACGUUCUCUGAGGACAUAUUGAGCAUGCGUACUGUGCUGGCGCUGCUACAUACGAAUUGGCAACCCUCCUUACAAUCGCUGAACGUUUAUCGUAUGCCAAUGAGCAUCUACUUCUCCGAGCAGUGGAUGGUUACGGCUGCAGAAUAUAGGGAUGAGCUACACAGCGUAUGCGCUGCUCGCGGUAUCCAGUUGAACUGGCUGUUACCAGAAGAAUGAUACCGUUUUUAUUUACGUUUGUAACCAGGAACGAUUCAACGACUUGACCCGAUAUCAUAUUGUGGUACUUACCUUUGAAUCCUGUUUAUGUUACAGUCCAUGCACAUGGUUCAACCGAUUGAUUAUGCA